GGGAUCCCAGCCACGAGCCCAGGGAGCCAUCAUUACCUUCACACCUACAGGUGCAACUGGGGCCUGGACCAGGGCCAGGGACUUUCCUGGACCAGCAGGGUUCACCAACCUCAGAGUGUGGACUAGCAGCAGGCAAGGAGACAGAGCCAGCAAGACAUGGGUCCUACUGUACCACUCCUGAUCCCUCUGAUGUGACCAGAUGUGGAGGGGAGCUGUCCCGACCAUGUAGAUGCCAGCCCCAGGGAUCAACAUGGACCCCACUGAAUGGAGACUCCUGGGUCAACAGCCCUGAGGCUUUCCGGCCCCUGGACCUCACCCCACUCCUGGGGACACUCCUCAGAGCUCUCCAGUGCUGUUGCCAGCCCACCUCAGCCAUCACCUCCUCCUGGGACUCAGAGUAGGCCGCCUCAAGCUACUACCCUCUGGUGAGGGUAUACUGAGGACAGCCGCACGCAGCCAUCACCCAGAAGGCCCUUUUCCAGUGCUGACCCUCAGGCCCAGCCUGAGCAGAGACUUCAGCAAACAUGGGUGAUAUGACCAACAGCGACUUUUAUUCUAAAAACCAAAGAAACGAGUCGAGCCAUGGGGGCGAGUUCGGGUGUACCAUGGAGGAGCUACGCUCCCUCAUGGAGCUUCGGGGCACAGAGGCUGUGGUCAAGAUCAAGGAGACAUACGGGGAUACUGAAGCCAUCUGCCGGCGCCUCAAAACCUCGCCUGUUGAAGGUUUGCCAGGCACCGCUCCAGACCUUGAAAAGAGGAAACAGAUUUUUGGGCAAAACUUCAUACCUCCAAAGAAACCAAAAACCUUCCUGCAGCUGGUGUGGGAGGCACUGCAGGACGUGACCCUCAUCAUCCUGGAGAUCGCGGCCAUCAUCUCCCUGGGACUGUCCUUCUACCACCCACCCGGAGAGAACAACGAAGGCUGUGCCACGGCCCAGGGUGGGGCUGAGGAUGAAGGUGAAGCAGAAGCAGGCUGGAUCGAGGGAGCCGCCAUCCUGCUGUCCGUCAUCUGUGUGGUCCUGGUCACAGCCUUCAAUGACUGGAGUAAGGAGAAACAGUUCCGGGGACUGCAGAGCCGCAUUGAGCAGGAGCAGAAGUUCACCGUAGUCCGGGCUGGCCAGGUGGUCCAGAUCCCUGUGGCCGAAAUCGUGGUUGGGGACAUCGCCCAGAUCAAAUAUGGUGACCUCCUUCCUGCCGAUGGCCUCUUCAUCCAGGGAAAUGACCUCAAGAUCGACGAAAGCUCGCUCACAGGGGAGUCUGACCAGGUGCGCAAGUCUGUGGAUAAGGACCCCAUGCUGCUGUCAGGGACCCAUGUGAUGGAGGGCUCAGGACGGAUGGUGGUGACUGCUGUGGGUGUGAACUCUCAGACUGGCAUCAUAUUUACCCUACUGGGGGCUGGUGGUGAAGAGGAAGAGAAGAAAGACAAAAAAGGUGUGAAGAAGGGGGAUGGCCUUCAGCUACCAGCGGCCGACGGCGCAGCGCCUGCAAAUACUGCAGGUGGCGCAAAUGCCAGCCUGGUCAAUGGUAAAAUGCAGGAUGGCAGUGCCGACAGCAGCCAGAGCAAAGCCAAGCAGCAGGAUGGGGCAGCUGCUAUGGAGAUGCAACCCCUGAAGAGUGCCGAGGGCGGUGAUGCAGAUGACAAGAAGAAAGCCAACAUGCACAAGAAAGAGAAGUCGGUGCUUCAGGGCAAACUCACCAAGCUGGCUGUGCAGAUUGGCAAGGCGGGCCUGGUGAUGUCAGCCAUCACGGUCAUCAUCCUGGUGCUCUACUUCACCGUGGACACCUUUGUGGUCAACAAGAAGCCGUGGCUGACGGAGUGCACGCCCGUCUACGUCCAAUACUUUGUCAAGUUCUUCAUCAUUGGUGUGACGGUGCUGGUGGUCGCCGUGCCUGAGGGCCUCCCUCUGGCUGUCACCAUCUCACUGGCCUAUUCUGUGAAGAAAAUGAUGAAAGACAACAACCUGGUACGCCACCUGGAUGCCUGUGAGACCAUGGGCAAUGCCACAGCCAUCUGCUCGGACAAGACAGGCACGCUCACCACCAACCGCAUGACCGUGGUCCAGGCCUAUGUCGGCGAUGUCCACUAUAAGGAAAUCCCGGAUCCCAGCUCCAUCAAUGCCAAGACCAUGGAGCUGCUGGUCAACGCCAUUGCCAUCAACAGCGCCUACACCACCAAGAUCCUGCCUCCAGAAAAGGAGGGCGCCCUGCCCCGGCAGGUAGGCAACAAGACAGAGUGCGGCCUGCUGGGCUUUGUGCUGGACUUGAGGCAGGACUACGAGCCGGUGCGCAGCCAGAUGCCAGAGGAGAAGCUGUAUAAGGUGUACACCUUCAACUCCGUGCGCAAGUCCAUGAGCACGGUCAUCAAGAUGCCGGACGAGAGCUUCCGCAUGUACAGCAAGGGCGCCUCGGAGAUCGUGCUCAAAAAGUGCUGCAAGAUCCUCAGUGGGACCGGGGAACCCCGGGUCUUCCGGCCCCGUGACAGGGAUGAGAUGGUUAAGAAGGUGAUCGAACCCAUGGCCUGUGACGGGCUCCGUACCAUCUGUGUGGCCUACCGUGACUUCCCCAGCAGCCCCGAGCCUGACUGGGACAACGAGAAUGACAUUCUCAAUGAACUCACGUGCAUCUGCGUGGUGGGCAUCGAGGACCCAGUGCGACCUGAGGUCCCAGAAGCCAUCCGCAAGUGCCAGCGGGCGGGCAUCACAGUCCGCAUGGUCACCGGUGACAAUAUCAACACAGCCCGGGCCAUUGCCAUCAAGUGUGGCAUUAUCCAUCCUGGAGAGGACUUCCUGUGCCUGGAGGGCAAAGAAUUCAACCGGAGGAUCCGUAACGAGAAGGGGGAGAUUGAGCAGGAGCGGAUUGACAAGAUCUGGCCAAAGCUGAGGGUGCUGGCUCGCUCCUCGCCCACGGAUAAGCACACACUGGUCAAAGGCAUCAUCGACAGCACACACACUGAGCAGCGGCAGGUGGUGGCCGUGACAGGGGAUGGGACCAACGACGGGCCUGCUCUCAAGAAGGCAGAUGUGGGCUUCGCAAUGGGCAUCGCAGGCACAGAUGUGGCUAAGGAGGCCUCGGACAUCAUCCUGACAGACGACAACUUCAGCAGCAUUGUCAAGGCGGUGAUGUGGGGCCGUAACGUCUAUGACAGCAUCUCCAAGUUCCUGCAGUUCCAGCUGACUGUCAAUGUGGUGGCUGUGAUCGUGGCCUUCACAGGCGCCUGCAUCACGCAGGACUCCCCUCUCAAGGCUGUGCAGAUGCUCUGGGUGAACCUCAUCAUGGACACCUUUGCCUCUCUGGCCCUGGCCACAGAGCCACCCACCGAGACUCUGCUCCUGAGGAAACCUUAUGGCCGUAACAAGCCACUCAUCUCACGGACCAUGAUGAAGAACAUCCUGGGUCAUGCCGUCUACCAGCUCACCCUCAUCUUCACCCUGCUCUUUGUAGGUGAGAAGAUGUUCCAGAUCGACAGCGGGAGGAACGCGCCUCUGCACUCCCCGCCCUCAGAGCACUACACCAUCAUCUUCAACACCUUCGUCAUGAUGCAGCUCUUCAACGAGAUCAAUGCCCGCAAGAUCCACGGCGAGCGCAAUGUCUUUGACGGAAUCUUCCGGAACCCCAUCUUCUGCACCAUCGUUCUUGGCACUUUUGCCAUCCAGAUAGUCAUCGUGCAGUUUGGCGGGAAGCCCUUCAGCUGCUCCCCACUCCAGCUGGACCAGUGGAUGUGGUGUAUCUUCAUCGGCCUGGGAGAGCUGGUCUGGGGCCAGGUCAUCGCCACCAUCCCUACCAGCAGGCUCAAGUUCCUGAAGGAGGCAGGGCGGCUCACACAGAAGGAGGAGAUCCCUGAGGAGGAGUUGAAUGAGGACGUAGAGGAGAUCGACCAUGCUGAGCGGGAGCUUCGCCGAGGCCAGAUCCUGUGGUUCCGGGGCCUGAAUCGGAUCCAGACACAGAUUGAAGUAGUCAAUACUUUCAAGAGCGGGGCCUCCUUCCAGGGGGCCCUGCGGAGACAGUCCUCCGUCACCAGCCAGACCCAGGAUGUAGCCAGUCUCUCUAGCCCUAGUCGCGUGUCGUUAUCCAAUGCUCUUUCCUCUCCGACCAGCCUUCCUCCUGCUGCAGCUGGGCGUGAAGGGCUAGAGAACCCUGGACACAGAGUUCAGCAAGAGAGAGUGAAAUUAAAAGAGAUCCGCGUCGUGAAGGCGUUCCGUAGCUCUCUCUAUGAAGGGUUAGAAAAACCCGAGUCUCGAACCUCCAUCCAUAACUUCAUGGCUCAUCCUGAAUUCCGGAUCGAAGAUUCCCAGCCCCACAUCCCCCUCAUCGAUGACACCGACCUGGAAGAAGAUGCCGCGCUCAAGCAGAACUCGAGCCCGCCGUCCUCGCUCAACAAGAACAAUAGCGCCAUCGACAGCGGGAUCAACCUGACGACCGACACGAGCAAAUCAGCUACCUCUUCAAGUCCAGGGAGCCCCAUCCACAGCCUGGAGACGUCGCUUUAGCUGAGGCCCCUGUCGCCUGGCCAUCCUCAUGGACCCGCCGCCACCCGCCUCCGGGCGCACAUUCUUCCAGGCACCAACUCCCCGACGCAGCAAGGAGCACUGGGCGGAGCCCACACAGCAGAGAGAGAACCCAUUUCCACACACAGACCCUUUCUCUGGCUGCCAUGCUGUUUGAACUCUUUUUCACUCCUAGGCCAUGGGCGGGGUUGCCCUGGGGUCAUCUGGAGCAGAGAGUGGCGUGGAUUUUUUUUUCCAAUAAAUAAUAAAUUAAUUUAAAAAAAAAAGAGCCCUUCCAGGCUCCAGGCCAGACACGGACCAGCCAUGCACCCGCCGGCCACUGCGUCCCCAGCAUGAAUGUACCUGGACACUUUUAAUCCCCUCCUUCAUUUGGUUCUUGAAGGGUUGGGGAGGAGAGAUUUUUGUUUUCUUAGGCGGGAACUGCAAACAGGAACUGCGAACAGACUGCUGCUGUUCAUUCAGUCCACUGGUCUAUGAGGUUUCAAAUGCUUGUCCAGCAUGGUCUCAGAUGUCUAGAUUAAUUUAAUAACUUUUUGAAAUCACAGAGUAGAUUUGCACCAAUGGAACCCAAGAACUCCACAGACACUCAUGAGGUUAUAUCCGUUUCUUUGUAUCUAUAUCAACGUAUACUUCUUGGAGACUG